AUGGAGAAAAAGAAAAACUUCUCUGAAGAAGAACGCGCCGUGUUACUGGAACUGCUCUCACGCCACCGCAGCGUCGUGGAAAACAAGAGGAUUGACGCGGCGUCCGUGAGUCGGAAACGACAGGCCUGGGAAAAAAUCGAGGACGAAUUUAACUGCCGCCACAACGUGACGCCGCGCAAAUGGAUCCAACUGAAGAAAUGCUGGGAGAACUUGAAAGACAAGUGGAGAAGAACAAACGCUGAAGACAUGCGGGAGCGGUUUGCUACAGGUGGCGGAACACCACCACCAAGCCAGAUGACCGACGAGCUGCAGCGCGUUGGAGACAUCGCGUCACACAUGGCUGUUCGGCUGCCCAAUCCCUGUGACAGUGACCGCAGCCGGCAUAAUGCUGUGCCAGGGGGAUCGCAGCCUUCCAAAUCGCAGUGCACACCUGCUGUCGCUGCACUGCUGUCAGAGACUCAAGACAGGCCUCUGGAACAGUUCGCUGGUUGUCAAGACAUGUACGACGAAUCAACAGACCUCUGGUCAUGGGACGACAACAGUAGCCCGAUGGAAGAUGCUUCAACAAAUACUGCACGCCCCCAUGGCCAAGUACAAGACACUUCAGACAGCCAACCACGCAAUGGCGGUGGUGCAAAACCAUCAGAGGCUGCAGCUGUACCAUCUACAGCAAGUUCCAGUGCCGCUGCAGCGGUGGCAUUGCUGGUGGUCUUGGUGGAGCAGGUGACGUAG